AUGAAUAAACAUCUGAAUUCUUUCCCUCCAAUACACGCGCAUCCUUUAACCUAUGGAACUAAGAAAAAUUUCGCCCAUCAGCCAACUCUCUCCCUGCAAACUUUCACAGGUCUCUCCUCCUUCUCGGGUCACCGGCGAAACCACCGGCGAGGAACACACACUCACACACUCGCACCCUCCUCUGCUAUUUUUCCAAAAUUACCGGCGACAACAGCGAGGAAUAAUGAUCAUUGUUCUGGCAUCACCUCUCACUCUUCUUUCCCAAUUUACUCUACCCAUCUCACCAAAUCCUUGAUUCUUUGCUAUUUUUCUCAGAUAGAUGAGUCGUUUUUUGUGGGAAUUGAGGUCGACGUGAAGGUUUCUUCUAGGAAUAAUUUAUGUAUUGAGGUUAUCCUUCGCUGCUUGGCAGUUCAAGGCGAUGGAUUAGGGCCUCAUGAACUGAAUGAUGGUGGUAUCCUUGCCAGUGUAAUGUCAGCGGGCUUUAAAGGUGAACUUUCUCGAUUUCAAGCUGGUGUCACAAUGGAGAUUUCACGACUGGAUGCUUGGUAUUCUAAUGCUGAAGGCUCCGUGAAAGAUCAAGCUGCGUACAUUGUGCGUGGUCUCUGUCGCAGGUGUUGUCUUCCAGAACUGAUUUUACGCUGCAUCCAGGUUUUCACAACUCCAAGGGAGGGGCCCUUCACCAAAGAGGAGUUGGAUGAAGUUCGAGACAAGUGGGCUACUUACUUCAACGAUUGUGAAUUACCCUCAGUGUAAUAAUUAGAGCAGGCUUGUAGUUAUUCGUGACUCUUACAUUAUUUUGUAUUUAUCGAUUUAAUUAAUUACAUUUGAAUUAAUUCGGAAA